GAAGAAUUCCAAGAGACAGAGAAUCAAGUUGGUUUAAAAAAUUGAAUCAAAAAGACAUGAAAGAGUUGUUAGAGAAUCAUGAGUUGGUUAGCCCAAAUACAUUUAUCUGGCAGAAAGAUAAAGAAAAAAAACUUAACUGGAUCAUUAUAGAAGAUGAAGAUAUGGGCAAGGUAUCUAGACAACAUGGUGAGUUUAGAAAGGUGAUGUAUUGGGUAAAAGACGAUGCUACAAAUCAAUUAUCGAGAUAUAAAAAGUGUAUUAAGCAUGAUACAAUAUACCGAAAUAUAAAAUGCACUUUUAAGAAAGAUGCAGAGAAGAUAUAUCUGAUUAAGGUAGAUUUGAAAAAGAUAUGGCAUGGUAGUAUAGAAAAGUUUAAAAAUAAAUUAGAACAUAAAAGGCAAAUUUUGGGGGUAAGACCAUUUUUGUCAAACGCACGUACACAAUUCCAAUAUGAAUUAGAAUCAGUUUUUGGGGAGUCAGAGGUCUGGAUACGAGAAGAAAGUGGGAAUUUCAUGAAUAAAGUUAGGAAUAGAAGCAUGUUCCUGAUGGUAGAUAUAAUAAUUGUUAGAAAUAAUAUUAACAGAGAAAUAUCUGAACCAGUUGCGGUAAUAAAGGAGGCAGAUAACAGG